AUCUGGGCACAGCAUCCGGCUUUUAUUUACCACCAACACCGAGAAAGGAGCCCGGAGGUUAAUUUAAUGGCCGGGAGCGCGGAACCGGCGGGGAAGCCAGUCCGGUUCUACACGGGAGGGAGGGCAAAGAGCGAGGCCUCGGUGCCAGGGGCUGAGCGGUCUUCCCGUCCAGCGUCCUUAGCUGCCCCCGAUCCCAGGACCCGCAGUCUCAUUUGCCACCUUCCGACGCGUGACCCCGGCGCGCUCGCGUCCCGGGCCGGUGACAGGCGCGGGGUACGCCGAGAGGUCCCAUGUGCCCCCUCCCUCUCCUGGCCGCCGCGGUCGCCGCGUCCCGAACCCCACUCCGGCUCUUCGGCAGAACAUUCGCCGCCAUGUCUGCCGCCAGGCCACUCAAAUCCGUGGACUACGAAGUGUUCGGGAGAGUGCAGGUACACGGAAGAUGAGGCAAGGAAAAUUGGAGUGGUUGGCUGGGUGAAGAACACCAGCAAAGGCACUGUGACAGGCCAAGUGCAAGGCCCCGAAGAGAAAGUCAACUCCAUAGAAAGCUUUGAGGAUCCAUUUUCUAGACCACUGAAGACUGUUGGCGUCUCCGCCAAGGAUGUCCUGGCUGAGCAAGGUUGGAAGUCCUAGUUCUCGCAUUGACCGCACAAACUUUUCUAAUGAAAAAACCAUCUCUAAACUUGACUACUCAAAUUUUAGUAUUCGAUACUAACAGAAGGGAAAUAAAAAUUUUAAUGCUUAUAUUACACAACAAACACCAUAUAUCCUCAAGUCUGUGUACUAAAACAAUAGCAGCAGACAGUAGGGUAAAAAAGAAAAAAACUUCCUGUUCUGAAAGCUACAGCAGAAUAUAUGUUACUAAAAAGGUCUGAUGCUGAAAUAGUUUUACUCAACUAUGUUUUUAAGAAGCAAAAACUUAGUAUUGUAAAGUAAAUGUCAUUCCAAAAUAUUUAAUAUGAAUAUUUAAACUUGUCUCAUGGAAUCUUUAAUGAAUAUUAUAGCAAAUAUUAUUGGGCUAGGUAUAAAAUAAAGCUAACCAUUUAAAAAUUUA